GCGCACCCUCUUGGCCGACUGCAUAUAAACCGGGCAGGCCGAAUCCAGCUUCUUUGUCUUAUUCCACCUUCAUUUACUGGCCAACAAUUGAAAUUUCACUCCCUGGAAAGGUCUUCCACCAGCUUACCAUCCAUGUCAACACAACUCCAAUCCUCCGGCCGAGGCGGCGCCGGCAACAUCGUCGACAGCUCGAAGAGCCCCCCACUCCAGCCUGAGGAUCUUCAGACACCUACUCUCAAGACAUCGAAGGUGACAACUGGUCGCGGCGGAACAGGCAACUUUGCCUCCAACCUCGAUCCAGAGGAAAAGCGUCGGCGCCAAGACGUAGAACCUGUCGUCCGCCGCAUGAGUCACGGUGCAACGCAUAUCGGCCGUGGAGGAACAGGCAACGUCGUCAAAACCGGUCCCUCGGACGACAAAGUCCCGUCUCCGGCCGGAUCUCCUGCGCUGUCGCCAGUGCCCGCGGCGGGUUUGGACAAGGUGCCGAGUCGCACGGACAAGGAGCACAAGGAGAAGGAGAAAGAGAAGAGGAGCUCGCCGACGGGCAGUGAUACCGCCAGUGAUGUGGCCGUGCCGGCGCGUAAGACGGAGGAGAUUGGCUGGGCGGAGAAGGGGAGGAAUCUAUUGUUUGGGAAGAAGUGAGGGUGCAAGCUGAACUGGCUCGGUGGUCAAGUGAUGACUCUGAAGGUGACAAAUGGGU